UACACAGUGUUCGACUGCAUGGUUUUGGAAUGUGCUGUGUGUGUAAUACUGGGCGUUCCUUACCCUCGUAUAACCGCUGCGGAUUCCCGAGCCCUGCACAGACAAUCUCUCCAGCUCCUGUUCAUCCCGCACUCAUUUCUCCUUCUACAAGCGCCUUAGCCCGACCCUGAAAAUGCCUUCUGAACUGGAACGUUGCAUGGAGUCCCUCAUCACCAUCUUCCACAAGUACGCUGGCAAGGAGGGCCGCGCCAACUCACUCAACAAGAGGGAGCUGAAAGAUCUUAUGACCAACGAGCUCAGCAGCUUCCUCAAGAGCCAGAAGAACCCAGCGGCGGUGGAUAAGAUCAUGAAGGAUCUGGAUCAGAACGGAGACGGGGAGGUGGACUUCGAGGAGUUUGUGGCUCUGGUAGUUGGUCUGUCCAUCUCCUGUGAGCAGCUCUUCCAGAUCCACCUGCAGAAGCAGGGCAAGAAGUGAGGGAGAGAGCCAGACUGAGAUACAGAUAGAUGUGUGUGUGUGUGUGUGCGCUCGCUUUUCACUUUUUAUACAUAAUAAAACUCUGAUACACACAA